UCAUCAAUUAGUGAAAUGUGAACGUUGAUUGACACAAAACAAUGACUCUUCAAACGUUUCCAUAAAUGGAUUUUACGAAAAAAUGAAACCUUUUCGGGGCACGUGAGGGUAAAGGAGUUAAUGAGCUUUCAGCGUUUUUUAUCACCGCCUUGGGACUGGUAUCAGCACUGGUCACAUUGGAAAAAUAAGUGUAGCCUUGGAUAUCACCAGUGUGCAGAUUAAUCAAGUUGAUAGCUGAUAAGACUUUUGGGAAGGGCAACAUACAUUUCCAGUGGAAGAAACAUAAAUAUUCAGACUGUUGCGGCCCUGUUGUUCACACUCGUCGUCCAAACUGGAGCAGACACGCUUUUACGGCAUCGAAAACAACAUGGCCCAAGGGCGGCCAAUCAAAUGUGUUGUGGUCGGCGAUGGCACCGUUGGAAAGACGUGUAUGCUGAUAUCGUACACAACGGACAGUUUUCCAGGAGAAUAUGUCCCCACAGUUUUCGACAACUACACAGCCAACAUGAUGGUGGAUGGUAUAGGGGUGAGCCUGGGAUUGUGGGACACUGCCGGCCAGGAGGACUAUGACAGGCUGCGGCCACUCUCUUACCCACAGACGGAUGUGUUCCUGAUCUGUUUUAGUGUUGUUAGCCCGUCUUCUCACGAGAACGUAGUAACGAAAUGGAACCCCGAGAUUAAACACCACUGUCCCGAGGCUCCAGUUAUAGUUGUAGGUACCAAAAUUGAUUUACGCGAGAACAAAGAGGCCAUAGGGCAACUUGCUCAACAGGGAUUGUCCCCUAUCAAACGAGAGCAGGGAAUCAAGCUAGCAAACAAAAUAAGGGCUGUGAAGUACAUGGAGUGCUCCGCCCUUACCCAACGUGGUCUCAAACAGGUUUUCGAAGAGGCCGUGAGAGCCGUAAUACAUCCUCAGCCUGUUAGACCAAAAAACAAGUCUUGUCGACUAUUGUGAAGUCUGCACCUUUAGGCGACACUUUUAACAAAUCACAUUGAACAUGUGCAUGUAUAGUGUAAAUGUAAAACAUUAUGCCUUAUUACGAUAUAUGACACACGUGUGAAAUAUUUUUUGAAGCGUGGAUUUCAUGGAUGUAGAAUGAGGUUGAAGCCUGCAUCAUGAUAGGUGCGGUCACAUUUCAGUUUUAUGUGUGUGUACAUAUUGCGACUGUUGUACUGAAAUCUCAUCGCUAUGGAAAUGUAAUUUUGUAAGGAUCUGAAAAAAUUCAUACAACAGACCACGUUCAAAUUUUCGCUCUCAUUUGAAGUCUGUAUAAUUUACAUAAAUGCUGUUUCCUUACAAACUCUCCAUCUCAGUUGAUUUUUACUGUACAGUUUUUAUGCCCCCGGUAGGGUGGCAUAUAGCAGGUGAACUGUCCGUCAGUCUGUUCGUCCAUCCGGAAAAAAAACUUAAACGUUGGCCAUAACUUUUACAAUAUUGAAGAUAGCAACUUGAUAUUUGGCAUGCAUGUGUACCUUAUGAAGCUGCACAUUUUGAGUGGUGGAAGUUCAAGGUCAAGGUCAUCCUUCAAGGUAAAAAAAAAAUAAAAUCAAAUCGGCGUUCUCAUGAAGCUGCACAUUUUGAGUGGUGGAAGUUCAAGGCCAAGGUCAUCCUUCAAGGUCAAAAAUAAAUAAAUAAAUUAUUUCAAAGCGGCGUUCUCAUGAAGCUGCACAUUUUGAGUGGUGGGAGUUCAAGGUCAAGGUCAUCCUUCAAGGUCAAAGGUCAACAAAAAACAAUUAUUUCAAAGCGGCGCAAUAGGGGGCAUUGUGUUUCUUACGAACACAUCUUUUGUUGAUGAUUGUUUAAUGGUGUCGUGAUAUUGAAAUCUAUUCACAUGAAAUAACCUGACACUAUCAAUAGUGUUUAGCAACUAGAAUAAUUGCAUUCAAUUUUUCUUGGGUCAACAAAAGCAAUACGCAUUUUUGUUCAAAUGGCGUAAAUGUUUCAUCGUAUGUUUUAAAUUUGUAACGAAUUGGUGUUUUUUAAAACUGUUUCACAGAGCACAUGACAUUCUCCUCCAUUUUCCUCCAGACAGAGGGGUUUUAGAUUACUUGCCCGAACCUAAAGUAAUGAUUCAUUAUCAUUGUGCAUAAAACUGGUACAUAACCAAUUGAUAUGAGGGCUUUUUGGCUAAAAUGGCUAUAGUUUUUGUGUUUACAUAAUUGUUUUUAAGUUAUUUGAUAAAAAAUGGCUUAACAGAUUAUUUGGCAUUUUUUGCAAUAUUUUACCCAUAACAGCAGAUCUAGUUUGAUGCAAUGUUUAUCUGUAUUUCAGCCAAACUGGUUCAACGCUUAUUUAAAGAUGGCCACAAAUGGCUUUAUUAUAUUUAUUGAACAAAUACCAUUUGUUUGGACAAAGUAAUUUUUCCCAAUUGCCUUUAAGCCUAUAUUUGGCUUUCAGUAUAAAUAAUGUAAUGCAGUUUGCUUUCAUUGCCUUCAUGUAUACAAGGUUGUGAUGUGUCUGUGACAAAGAAAACUGUACAUAAUAUCAGGACGAUAUGUUGCUACAUGUUCCUAUUUUGAUGUAUUGUAUAUUUGGAUACAAGGGUAUGGUUCUGUUUGUAAUUUGUGGUCCAUUGGUAUUACCCUAUCAAGUUUGUUGUCCAUUGGUACUACCCUAUCAUUUUGUUUUUCGGUAGCUUACAUACAUACAUAACUAUAGAUUGUAUGUUAAUUAUUUCAUUUAAAUAACAUAAAUAGGUUAAAUGUUGAAGACCUGGUUUCAUGGCAUUGCCUUGUUUCUUGCUGUAUCCAUUAUUUUCUGUGCCAUUAUUUCUACAACAAUUUAAGGCAUACUUCACACAUCAAUGUAACCUAGAUAUAUUAAUGGACGUGAGAAGUUGGCACUCUUGUUAUCUUAUUACCUUUCAGUUGUUGCCUUUUAUUGCUCCUGUAAUAACCCAUAAUACCAAAGUCUGAAUCCCUAAAAUAAUUAUAUCAAAACUUCACUUUUGUAAUGUUUUUAUGCAUGUUAAUACCAACUUUGCCAGUACCAAAAGAUGAUUUAUCAUUACUAUGGCUGAUGAAAUAACAUGAUGAUUUAUAAAUAUUGUUUAUUGGUCAAGUUUUAAACAUUUGAAAUAUGUUUUAGUUUUAUAGCUAUAAUAAUUUUAUGUAAGGGAAAACAGCCAAAUGUUGUCAAAAAGAUAAUUAAAGGGAAAAUGUCAAUUUUGCUGUUACAUAGAAUACAACCAUGUGCACCUGUAGAGCUGUUCUUUGAAACAAAGUGUUAAUUAUAUCAAGCCUCAAUGUUUUUAUUUCUGUGUUAUUUGUCCCAUGCCAUGAACAACCAAUCUUUUUAUAUUUUACACUGAUUUUUAUAUUAUUUAUGUUGUCACAUGUUGUGUUGCUCCAUUUUUGUUUGCCUACACUUUUGUGUGUAUAUUUUUAAUUGAAACAAAAUCUCAUUGACUCACUUGUAUAUGACUUAUUGUGCACUUUGCCAAAUAAGAAGAUGGCUAAAAAUAUGGAAAUACAUUUAACUCAUUGCCACUCAGAAUCAAAGUGAAAAUGGCUGUAUGCAAUCAGCAUAAAACCAGAACAGCCUGCUAGUAAUUCACAGUCUGUUCAGGUUGUAUGCUGUUUGCUGCUCAAUAGUAUCUAAGGGUUGGAAAUGAAGCCUUAAAAACUUGAAUUAAAUAUAACUUUGUAAGUGACUACAAAUGCGUCAAAAUACAUAUCUAAGUGGUAAAGGUUUAACCAUAUCAAAUGGGCAUAUGAGAAGAAUCUCAUAGUUUCACAGUAAAUAUAAGCGAAGAAAAUUUUCAGUCAGGGAUAGCCUUUCUUUUUACAUCACAUGCAAUCUUUUUUCUGGUGAGAAACUGUUUUAUAGGAAACAACUUUACCGGUACAUCACUAAUUUGGAAUGAAAUAAGAGGAAUUACAAGAGAUACACCUCCAAUGAAUAUUUAUUAAAAGCAAGCGGCAAAUCGCCUAUUCAUGCCAGGACAAUACACAACAAAAUCACAACACAAAAUAUAUAAAUAAAUAACUUCAACUUUGGUAACCACCUUAGAAUUGUUUAUGCCAAGGAUUGGAGUUAAAACCAGUUUAAAGUCUUGCCAAACCUCAUGCUGAAUCCACCAAAUUUCUCUCAACACUGAUGUAUAUAUACAGAGAAAGUGUUAUCUAUGCUGUUUGAAAUAAAUGAAAUUAUUGUUCAUAUCUUAACAUGUUAAUGAUGUGCAAUGUUUAUUUGUGCUUGCCAUAUGUUUGUGUUAACAUUUAUUUUAAUGAAAUAGCAGGUAUAUGACACUUAAGCUAGGUUGACAACAAGUUCAAAUGUAUAUUGUAUAAUGCGAGUCAUCUGUUUGCAUAUCAGCAGUUUUUUUAUAAAUGUAUUUUUAAAGAAGACUUGCAUAUGCAUUUCAAGAUUUUUAUGUGUAUUUGGUACUUGAAAUUUUACACUUGAACUUUAACAUAUUGACAUGUUUGUGGUGCAUUUUAGACUUUGUAUUAUUAUCGAUGGUAAAUGAAGCUUUAUUAUGCUUGACCCGUAGUUUCCACUGCAGUUAACAUGUUUGUAAAUUAUGUUGGUAUUUAAGGUAUUCAAAGUAAUGAUUGAUGCAAUAAUUGCAUUGAUAUAGUUAAUUUCUUGGUUUUAAUGAUUUAUUAUUCUUGAUCCUAUGGCGAAAUCAACAUUUCAGAUACAUAUGCUGUUAAUUAAAUGCCAUACAAGUGCAAUACUAAUAGACCAUUGUAAUGUUAUUUACCGUUUCACUGUAUGUGUCUAACUGUGGAUUCCUGUGCAUUAUUAAUUGCAAUUUAAUCUCUUAUUAUAGCUUCCUAGUCA